GAUGUCACUUGGAUACUGUACAGUUGCUACACAGAGGCCAUUUUAAAGAAUAAACAAAGCUGGUUCAAAGUGCUCAUCAGGAAGCAAAAUGACUACAUAUGAUGAACCUUCGAUUUACAACCUUCUUACUGUUGAAGAAGUAAAAGAAAAGAAGCCAAAAAAGCACACUUCAAAAUUUAGAGAAACAGUGAAAGAAGAAUAUGUUGCUGGGAGAGACACUUACAAAACUAUGGGGCCAGCAAAAGUGCCACCUCCUCAGCCUACAGAGUAUUUGAAAAAACAUGAGAAAGAACCUCAGUUACCCAAAAAGGAAGAAUUUCAUUAUGCUUGUGAGGAUCGCAAAAAGCCAGCAGUCCCUAAAAAAGAUGAAACUCCUCUGAUGGGCCUUAAAACAACCAAGAAUUUUAUUAACACAAAUGCUGUAGAGAACAUAACAUCAGUUCCUAAAGUCCCUGUGAAAAAGUUUGUAGACACAAGACACGGAGACACACAUGAGCUAAUACCAUCUGGUUUUGAGCCUAUUUUUGUCCACAAGAAAGAUUUUGGAGAAGUACCAACAUAUUUGGUGAAGAGAAAGGAGGAAAUCAAACGUGCACAAGAAGAAUAUGAUCAAUAUAUUGCAGAAAAUUUUAAACGUGGUGCUUUGCGACAAUUAUCUGAAGAUGAGCGUCAAGCAAUUUUAGAUGGUUUGAAGGCCAACUGGGAAGAUAUUCAAGAUCAGUACCAGAGCUUGUCUGUUGUUACUGAUACUUAUCCUAAAAAACAAAAGAAAGAGAGACUAGAGGCUCAAAUGAAACAGCUAGAAAGAGAUAUUGAAUUAUUUGAAAAACACAAACUGAUUUAUAUAGGUAAUUAAGUGUAUUCUAUUCAUUGGUAAGUUUAUACAUUGAAAUUCAUCAGGCUUUGAGAUAGAAUUUGUUUCAUAACAUUCAUUUAGGAUUUGGCAAAAAAAACAAACUGUUCAGACUUUUUUUUGCUUCAUUUAAUCAUUUGGCUGACAUUGUCUAGAUGUCAUCUUUUUCAAGAACAGUAAUUAACCUUUCAAGAAAAGUGUACAAAACAAGACCAUACAUUUUUGAUACAACAGAUUUAUGAAAUUGUUAUAAAUAUUUAGCCCUGGUGAUUUAUAUUUAAAAAAUUCAUGUGAAUGAAACUUUAACUAUAAGAAAUAACUUUUUUUUUUUUUAAAUUCAGAACAAAUGAGGAUCAUAUGCUGUUUUUUCAUUUGUUUACUAAGUUUAAAUGAAAAACAUUGCAUUGCUAUGUAUAUAUCUAUAUAUAAUUUUCUCACCAAAUGCUAUUUUUUUAAAUAGCCAGAGCAGAUAAAAAUAUUUAAAAUAGUUUUGGCACUUGAAAACUAUAACUAUCUGGUUAUGUAGGUAUAGUGUAAGACUCAAAAGACAGCUGAAUAACAUACCAAACCAUUUGUCACAAAAAAAAUAGAUGUAUAUUUACGAUAAGGACUUAAUGUAUUAAAUAGAAAGGUUUUCUACUAACUUUAUAUUUUUAUUUAAUUCCAAAAAUGCUUGACCAAUCCAUUGUCAAUUUUUUUAAAUAAGUUUUUUUAUACUAAAAGAAUAAAGUGGGUUAUAAGCAUGAGACAUACUUUGUAUGAUUAUGUAUAUAAAUUUUACUUUUUAAAAAUAAAUUAAAAAAAAAUGUUGUUGUUUUUUGUUUAAAUUGGCUAAGUCAGGUAUUUAAUAACUCAUAUGUAAUGUGAUACUAGUAAAGCAGUAGGAAUAUAUUAAGUUUAUCUAUAACUUAACAUGAUUGUGUCUUGGGAUGUCCCAAAUUUGAUGUCAUUUUAGACACUGGCUAAGGCAAAUAAUAUCCUUUUUUAAAAAUGUAAAGAGGAUCCAGUUUGUUACUUUUUAAAAUCAAUUGAUGUUGAUGGGACACAUGGUAGAGAACAUGGGUAUUCUUAAGACACUGAAGAAGGUUAAGGGGUAAAGUAUUGGAUAAUCAAUUAACAUAAAUUAUUCAGUACUAGUAGUCUGUCUUGCAUUUACACAAAGUAGCCUUGCAGAGUCUUCAGUCUUACAGGCCAGGGUUAUAUUGGAUGUUGAUUUUCUCAUAAUUUAAUUUACACAAAUUCUUGCUUAAUAAAAACCUCUUAGAGAUGAUGUCAAGUAAAAUACAAGUUUUUAUAUUUAUUUCACAAAUAACAUGACAAAACCCCCCCCAGUAAAACAUGUUUUAUCAAAACUACUUUUUUUUUAAUGAUGUCUUUUCUAAAGCUGUGCUUGAAAUAUUUUUCUGAUUUUUAAUUUAAAGUUUGUUAUUAUAGAGUUUUAAAUACUGUAAGUUCGGAUCCAUUUAUAAUAUUCAAGUUUAUACAAUAUUAGAUUCCAAAUUUUCAAAAUUAAAUUAUCUUACUUCCAUGGGACAUAUAACUACCAUUCUUAAAUUCUGUUCAUAUAAAUUAAUAAUAAAAUAUAGAAAAAUG